AUCCGACGGGUUUCUGGUCUUCAUUUCCUCCUUGCACACUUUGAAUCUAACAUUCGGGCGUGUCGUCUUAGUGAGCAUUAGUCCGAGAUGAAGAAGCGAUUGUAUUUGUUUUCAGCUAUUCGAGAGGCGUCGAGUUGACGCUAUCGGAUGUACCUUGGCUGAUUGCAUUAACAUUGCGGCGCCCGAGCGGUUCGGAGUUAGACUAGAGCCAGCGACUACAACUCUGCAAUGAAGAGGUGGGGAGUAGACUUAUGAGUUCAUUUUGAGUUGCUGGCGCCGCAUCCACUAUAUUCUGUUUGACAUGCCCCAGGUGACCCUUGAGAAUAUCACCGCCUUUGAUGAGAUAUAAUGGGGCAAGGUUUCAGGCCGUCCUACGCCCUCAACCCCUUCCCAGGUGCUCAGGAUGCCGCUUAUCAUGAUAGUCUCAUUCAUCCUCCUAUGUAGUCUGGUAUGGAUACUAUUCAAGGUCGGGGCAAGAGAAAAAGGCCUUCCACCAGGUCCUCCGACAAUGCCUGUUCUUGGCAAUCUGCACCAAUUACCGACACGAUAUACUCGCAUCCAGUUCACCUCAUGGGCAGAACAAUACGGGGGCAUAUUUUCUCUCAAAAUUGCCCACGGUACCACAAUUGUUAUCACAAGUCCAAGAAUCAUUCGAGAAUUUAUGGAUAAACGUAGCGCGUCCACCGCGGAUCGCCCUCCCUUCAAGCUAGGUGAAAUCAUCAUGGAUGGACUCAAUGUCGCGUUGGCGGGAGCCGGGAAUACCUGGAAGAACAUGCGUAGGGCUAUGCAUAUGUUCCUAACGCGAGAGGCGUGUUCGAGGCACUUAUCAAUUCAGCAUGCCGAAGGUAUUCAGCUGAUGUACGACCUUUUGAAACAGCCUGAGGCAGUCUCUACCCAUGUCCAGCGACAGACCAUCUCCAUUAUUUUGUCCACUGUCUUCGGUAUCCGAACUCCGCGGUUCCAGAACAGUGUAGCGUCAGAAUUUGCUGACAUGGAACAUAUUCUGGAAGAAAUAUUCGAACCAGGGGCGAUUCCACCGGUGGAUCUCCUUCCUGUAUUACAAUACAUCCCGGAAAUUUGGGCUCCGUGGAAGAGGACCUGCCGAGAGCUUCGACAAAAGUAUCAAAAGAUAUUCUCUGGCUUGCGAGACAUGUGUGAAACACGGAUGAAGAUGAAUAGGCGCAAUGGUUGCUUCCUAGAAGAUGUCUUUAAUCAGCAAGAGAAGCUUGGGUUAACAAAACCCAUGAUCGCGGCUGUUGGUGCAGCUUGUCUGGAAGCGGGCGCCGUUACCACUACGUCAUUCUUCCAAACAUUUAUUUUAUGUCUAGUCCAUCAUCCGCAUGUACAACGCAAAGCGCAAGCGGUGAUAGACGACAUCGUGGGCACAGACAGACUGCCGACUAUGGAUGAUUUCGACCAGCUCCCGUAUCUGCAGGCCGUUGUGCACGAGGUUCACCGUUUCUUCCCUCCUAUACCCCUCGGUAUCCCUCAUAGGUCAACAACGGACGAGACCGUUGAAGGAUACUUAAUUCCGAAGGGAUCGACAAUAUUCAUGAAUUACUAUGGAAUCUAUCAUGAUCCGAAGUUAUUCGAUCGUCCAGAAUCAUUCUAUCCUGAACGCUACCUCCUUUCAGAAUUUGGUACAAAACCAGGUGUUGAUGCGACCGGUUUUCGGUACGAUCUACACUUUGGGAGCGGCAGACGGAUUUGUCCUGGUAUUCAUUUUGCGGGUAAUGCCAUAAAAAUGAAUGUAAUAAACUUGUUAUGGGCGUUCGAUUUUCAUACUACCGAUGCUUCGCCUCGAGAUGAAGAAUGUCCCAUUCGGGUCGACGACUUCCUGCCUGGGAUUGCCACUGGACCAAAGCCUUUCUCUUGUGUCGCACGGCCUCGAAGUGAAGCACACGCGGAGCUGAUACGAUCUGAGUAUACUAAGGCUCGUCCGAUAUUCAGCAAGUUUGAGCAGGAGCUUUCUCCCGAAGAGGCUGCUUUUAUCGAGAGCUGGUGAUUGAUGAACAGUUCGAGAUAUCCACGACCAUGCACGCAUAGAUUUUUCCGGAUAGGCGGUUGUCAUACGCAGCAAUCCACAAGAAUGCUUUCGAUUUCCUUGUCAGAUAUUUCAUGCCUUUUUUCACCAACGUCCGACGAAAUGAAAUGCGUUCGUAUGCAAUCCAGAAGCUUGUUCUCAUUGACCGUCUGUUCCAAACUUUACAAGAUAGUAAUUCACCUAAUAGCUGUCUGUGGUAACAAUAUAUCUUAAAUUCCAUCUCAAAUCAAACAAUCAUCGUACA